AUGGACUUAUACCUAAGUAACUGUUUAAAGGCUGCCGAAGCCGCUGCUUCCAAAGCAGCGUCCGGCGACCUAACAAAUAACAAAGAGACAUGUAGUAACAAAAAACAGAAACCUAUCAUCCCAAAGAUUGGAGCAGCUAGUCUGUUAGAUUUGCCUCUCGGGGCCAAACUGCCUGUUAUCCCAGGAAGUACUAAUAUAUUCUACACAACAAAUAUAAGUGAAAAGCUUUACCAGCCUUCUUUCGGAUUUAAUCUUAGUGACCCAUAUUGUAAACUCAUGGAAACCACCUACAAAAGUCUUCAUGAUCCACACUUAAAAUCUUACUUCAAACGAAAAGACAUUCUCAAGAAACUAAGAAAGGGAGGAUACAUCACCAGCAAUAAUAAAGUCGUAUGUUCAUUAAAAGAACUCAACAAAUACAGACAAUAUCUUACCACUUUAAAAAUCGACUUUGAACGAAAUUAUAUAAGAGAACAAAAAAUAAUUGAAAAUCAAGUAAACAAACUGAACGAAGAGAGACGGGCCUGUGACAAUGCUGCCGCUGCUGAGUUUCAGCGGUGGUUGUUACAAGAAGGGAAAAAAGCCAGCCCUCAUCACGAACGCUUACUUAAACUCAGACAUUUAAACAUGAUUAAUAAAGAACUAGACAAAAUUGAAGACACCUCGGACAGACGAAGUACAAUACAGAUGAAGGAAGAAGACAAACAACAUUGGGAUGAGGUUAGGAGGAAACUGAAUCUCCGACAACAAGUUGAAGAGGAAUGGCAAUGCAAAGAGAUGUCCCUUCUGGCAAAGAUCGGAGAAGAAGUUAGGAGAGAAACAAAAGCUGAAGAACAUCAUCGGAAGAUCAGAGAAGAACUUAACCGAAAGAAACAAGCACUGCUACAUAAAAGAAUUGCUUACCAUUUACAAAAACUUCAAAAGAAAGAUAGUAAAGAAGAAAAUCAAGAAGCAAGUGUUUUUGAAAGCAAACGACAAUCCGAAACAGCUUCUUCAACAAUUCAAAGGCAACCAAGUCUUGCAGAGCCGAAAACGUCUCAAGAACAUCUGGAACGAAAACCAUCUAUAUCAAGUAUACCAACAAGCAUCUCCGAGAGACUGAUGCAAGAAUCGCGGGAAUCAAGAACAUCUUCACAGAUGACAAGGAUCAGUUUUGAUGAAGACAGAUCUUCACUUUACGAACUUCUGGAUACAAGCUUUUCUCCGGUAGAUACAAGAAGAUCGAGUUUGGCUGAGGAUCACACAUUUCAAGAAGUUUGGGAACCUAAACAUUAUCACCAUUCCAGUGGGAAGAAAACAAGCUUCGCUGAGGAGACAUUGUUUCAUGAACCUAACGAACAAAAAUAUGGCCCACCAACCACCAAAAGAACAAGUUUUGCUAGUGACAAAUUCAUGGAAGACCUUCUAGAAGCAAAAUAUCUUUAUCAAAAUACUAGGAGGACAAGUUUCGCUGACCAGAGACCGAUGGAGGACAAUCUAGAACCAAUAUUGACUUCACCACAUACAAGGAGAACAAGUGUUUCAGACCAGAGACUGUAUUAUGAACCUAUCAAACCAAAAUCAGCGCCACCAAGUAUAAAGAAAACAAGUUUUGCUGAGGAGAAAUCAUUUCAACAACUUAUGGAGGCAAUAACCCCUCCACAAUACAUAAAGAAAACAAGUUUCGCUGACCAGAAAACAUCUGAAGAAUCUCUGGAAUCCAGACGAUCAAGCCAUUAUUCUCAAAAUAGCAACAAGGUUUUUGUUAAGACAUCAACAACAACUUUACCACCUCAACAGAGGGAAAUCCAAAGUACAACAGAUCUUAAGUAUGAUAAAGCAUCUACAAGGACAUUACAUCAUUCACAUGACAGAGCCCCUACUCCAUCUCACUCUCUGCAAUCAACAGUACUUUCCAGACAAUCAUGUCAUGACAUGCCAACACAAGAGGUAGAUCCUUUGUUUCGAAGGAACACACAUAAACACAACAAGUGA